UCUCGCUCACGAUCAAAAAUAGUAUAAAUUCAUGAGACUCAUCAGUUGGUGAGUUUAGUCAACAGUUUACAUUCAAUCGAAAAAGCAAAACGUUCUUGCUGUGAGUGAUUUUUUUUUCUUCAAAUUAGUGAGUGAUAUUGUUACAACUGCCAUUACAGGAAGCCAUCUACCAAGAAGGAGAUUAAUAAAAAUUUAAAGUCAAUAUGAUUAAGGUCUUUGGCAUUAUUGCCGUUUUAAUAUCGGUUACAAAUGUUUUACUGGUAUCAGGUAUGGAAUACGGUCAGGGUUGUUCAAGGAACCCAUGUGGUCAAAACGCUAUAUGCCAAGAAACUUUGGGAGGAAGACCCGUUUGUAGCUGCCCAAUUAACUAUUCAGGCAACCCACUCAGCUACUGCCAAAAAGGAGAAUGCAAUGAUCACAUUGAUUGCAGAUUAGAUCAACAUUGCAUGAAUAAUAGAUGUACGAAUCCUUGUGCUGGAAAGUGCGGAAUCGGUGCCAAUUGUGAAGUAGUGAAUCAUGUUGCUGUUUGUUCUUGUCCAGCAAGAUAUCGAGGAGAUCCGCUCCAUCAAUGUAGAGCCAUUGAUCCAGAUGAAGCCUGCCAUCCAUCACCAUGCGGCGUCAACACGCAAUGUAGGGUUGAAAAUGAACAACCUGUUUGCACAUGUUUAGCUUCGUUUAAAGGAAAUCCAAUAACUGGAUGCAAUCAUGAAUGUGAAAGUGAUCACGAUUGCGGUUCUAGUCAAUAUUGCAAAAACUUCAAGUGCUACAGUGCCUGUGAACAAUGUGGAAAGGGUGCUUUAUGUAAUGGAGUCAUCAAUCAUCGUCCACAGUGCGAGUGUCCUAAAACAUACAUUGGUUCACCAUUUACUGAAUGUCGACCAGAAUGCUAUGGCGAUGUCGAUUGUCCAUCUUCUAAACCAGCUUGCAUCUAUGGAAUUUGUAAGAAUCUUUGUGAAGGCGCUUGUGGCGUCAACGCCAAUUGCAAUUUAAGAGGAUUGACUCCAAUUUGUAGCUGUCCAAAGCACAUGACUGGUGAUCCUUUUGUUUCAUGUAGACCGUUUGUUCCUGAAGAUUUAUGUAGACCAAAUCCUUGCGGAUCAAAUGCUAUAUGCACACCAGGACAUGACAAUACAGGAAAAGAAAGACCAGUUUGUAGCUGUCCUGCUGGAUAUACAGGAAACGCUCUAAGAUCAUGUCAGCGUGGAGAAUGCUUAGCUAAUGAAGAAUGUCCUGACAAUCGUGCUUGCAUAAAUUAUGCUUGCGUUGAUCCAUGCAUCGGAAAAUGUGGAAUCUCUGCUAUAUGUAGCCCAAAGAACCAUUUAGCAGUAUGUACGUGCCCAAAUGGAUUUUCUGGUGACGCAAAAGUUAGCUGUCGACAAUCAAGAACAUUGCCAAUUGCAAGAUAUUCAAGAUCAUUGUUGAAGCAGUUCAAUGAAACUGUUGCAGAUAUCGAGGAUGAUGUUGUUCCUAAAGUAUAAAUUUUUAUCAAGUUUUCAUAACGCAUAACGUAAAAUUCUGAAAUGAAAGUUAUGCUUAGUACCAGAGAAAGUGAAAACAGUCAAUUUUAAUCGGCUCUUUAUUUGUAAAGUACUAUUUUGUGUAUCAAAUUUAAAUAUAACUAUUUUUUUAUGAUUUCAAUUUCCCAUUUUUUAAUCAUUGACGUACCUCUUUCAUUCAUUCAUUCUUCAGUUUUUAUGCUUCUAAGCAAAUACGAGUACAUUGAUGAAAAAGAAAAUCAGAACCUACUAGGAAAUAAUUUCUACAUGAAAAAUGCAGAUUGUACAACACAUUUCGGAUGAGAAUGGAAAUAAAAUAAAAAUUUGUUAACAACACAAAGACAAAGUUGGAAAUUGAAAUAAAUUUAAAUACUUUUGUUUGGAAUAUAUUCGAAUCAUUCAUUAUUUUCAUCGUUGAUAUGGAAUUUAAAACUCAUUGUCAAUAGAGCGAUUGGUAUACGGGAGGAAUAAAAUUAUUUUAGUUCAAUUAUCUAAAACUUCUAAUUUGAUUAUUUUAAAGCAUCAUGAUUAUUUAAGUUUAUUUACACAAACAUAAUGAAUUGCGCAUCAAUUAUGAAAAUAAAUGAAGUCAUGACAAAAAUAUUGGGAUCGUAAAAAUAUAUAAUUAUUAGUUUUUUAUAGAUCUUAUGUAGAUGGAAGAAAGAAAUGUAGUAGUUCAAUACCUAAUGAAAUGAAGAUUUAUAGUCAUCUGAAUAUUGAAAUUUUAAAGUUUCUAAUCAUCACCAAUCAUUCUUUUUUCAUGCGAUUAAUGUAUUUUUUAAAAAAAAUAUUAAAUGUUCAUUCUUUCACAUAUAAAAAAUGUACAAAAUGAUUUUGAUGACAUUCUCAAUAGUUUUUUCCAUAAAAUUAACUAGCAACAUUUCUUUUUUUUCUUUUGAUCUCUCGAAUUGUUAACUUUAAUUCUUCCCUCACUUUCCUGCUCAAUCUGUUGACGUUGAGUUUGUUUUUUAUGGCGUAGUACUUUCUCAGUUAUCGCUAAGAACAUUUCUUCUACAUUCAAAUUAUCUUUGGCGGAUGUUUCAAACAGUUGAAUUCCCAUUUGGUUAGCGAAUCGUUGGGCAUCUUCUGUUAAUACCACUUUCCUCUGUGGAUCGUCAUUUUUGUUUCCGACUAAAAUAAUAAUUUUAAGAUUAAAGAUUGAGUAAGAAAAAAAGUUGCAAUUAAGCGUUUACCAAGAACUUUAUUUACAACUUCACAAUUUGAAUCAAUUUCUUGCAGCCAUCGCUUCACAUUUGCAAAUGAUUCUCCAUUUGUUACGUCAUAUACAACUAUAACACCAUGUGUUCCACGAUAGUAUCUAA